GCGUAAAUAUCUCAGUUGAGCGAACCCAUCCUCCCUCUGGAGAUCAAUGGCAGCUAAGCUGCUAUCCCAUUCACAACCUCUCUCUUCUCUCUCCCCCCUCUCCAAAUUCAGAACCAGAGACUUCACCCUCCAACAUCAGCCAUGGCUCAGGAGGACUCCAACCCCCACAAGACCCAAGAGUCUGGUGGUUCAAGUCUCCCUCCACGACCCUAUCUCUUCAUCCACUGCACUGCUCCACCAUCUCCACACCCAUCAAACUCCGUACUCGCUCUUUGAACUUGCAGAGAGCACAGGGUAUUCAUUGGCCAGCUACUACACUUCUCUAGGUCUCUUUGUCAUCUCCGUCCCCGGGCUGUGGUCUCUCAUUAAGCGCUCUGUAAAAUCCAAGAUUGUGAAGAAGUCAUUUAUAGGGGAAGGAGAAGGGAAGAAUAAACCGAAUCAUAUGGCGGGGGAAAUUCUUUCAUUCUUUACUCGCAACAAUUUUGUGGUGUCGGAUAGAGGAGAGACCAUAACGUUUGAAGGCAUGAUGGUUCCAAGCCGAGGCCAAGCAGCAUUGCUCACCUUCUGCACUUGCAUAAGCCUGGCAAGCGUUGGCCUUGUUCUUACCAUAACUUUUCCGGAUGUUGGCAAUAACUGGUUCUGGCUCACCAUCUUAAGUCCUUUAGCCGGAGCAUAUUACUGGAAGCGAGCAUCAAGAAAGGAGCAGAUCAAGGUGAAGAUGAUAGUGGCAGAAGAUGGAACCCUGUCAGAGAUAAUUGUUCAAGGAGAUGACCAGCAAGUAGAGCAAAUGAGGAAGGAGCUGCAACUAAGUGAAAAGGGCAUGGUGUAUGUUAAGGGCAUCUUUGAAUGAUGAUAAAGCACUUCGAAAAUAUCUCCUUUUAAACCAGACGGAUCUCUGCAUUCCUUCCAGUGAAUAGAUGCAAAAAGGAGGCUUACUGUUCUUUUUGUACUUGAAAAUUUUUGAUAUUUCAACACUAGUAAUACUGUAGAAGUAUGCAUACAACACCGAGCCCCUGAUUCAAUAAUUUAAUCAAUUAUAUCCUUAUGGUUAUCAAUA